CAGAGAACAGGGGUGUGGCCAGCCAAAGAGUGUGGAUAAUCACUUGCACAGAGGUGCACAUAGUACCACUGGUGAGGCUAAUCAGUACCAUAGGAUGCAGUACCCAAGGAUGAUACUUUUGAUUUUCAUUGUCUUUGGACUUGCUGGUGCCGCUACUGUCGUGCAGGUCGAGUUUGAAGAGGACGGUCCCAUCACAGCUAUAGAAGGCUCUAGCACCAGCUUUACAUGUACAGUCAGUGGCAACAUCCAGGAAGUCACAGACGACAGACUGCAGAUUGUUAAACUAGACAUCAGGGGGCAGCAGGUCCUUGUUAAUGGCCAAAAUGUGGCAGAGCCCAAAUUUUACAGCGUUUUUAUCAGGCGCUCUGUAGACACCAUCAGCAUUCAUUUCAGUAUCCUGAAGGUGCGUGUGGCAGAUGACGGCAAAUUUAAGUGUAAUGUCAAGCCUUGGACAAAUCUAGUAGUGAAUGUUUUACAGGAGGAGUUGGAAAUACAAGUUAUCAGGCCCCCUGUGAAUAUUGCCUGCAGUAACGCCACAAUUGAUGCUGUCAAUCAAAAGAUUGAGGUCACAUGCAAGUCAGAGCUCUACCCUGAUGGCAUUUGUAAAGUGAACUCUAUGGGGGGCACAGCAAAUGGCUGGAGGUUUGAUGUAGCCAUUGACUACCAGCAGUCAGUGGACGAUGAGACCGGCUACUACACCACCAGCUGUAAACUGCGUGUACCUGUCCCGAUGGUCCUAUUUGGCAGCAUCUACAGCUUCAACGUCAGCAUUCAGCCCAAUGUUGGUCUCAGCAACUUCAGCAAGUCUACCAGGGUUGCAGGAAUCUAUGAUGCCUCCACCAUAAGGACAACACUGGUGCAGUUUUUGGAGCGCAGUCCCCUCUAUGCUGUUAUUGGCUCCACUGUGAAACUGACUUGCCAGAUUGCUGGCCUCAACCCCAAUGUUUCUCUGGACAGUUUAGAGAUAAUCCGCACAGGUGGCGCCGCCUCUACCCUCUCACAGGGCAAUAAGGUCAUCUCAGAAAGAAAUUAUUACAACGUGACCAUCUCUAAAGCUCUUGAUCAAGUCACUCUUGAGUUCUUCAUAACAAAAGUACGAAUCAUAGACGACACAAAGUUUGUUUGCCACAUCAAGAGAGGAGACUACACACUUGAGUAUCAGACAGAAGUCCUUGUGUCAGCCAUAAAGAUCCCUGAUCCUGUCAACUGUGGAUACCCUGUGUCCAACCAGCGGUCAGUUCAAAUCAAGUGCUCCACCACCUCCUACCCUGCUGCUCAGUGCACCAUCAAAUCUGGACUGAGCUCAGCGGGCAGCUUUAGCUACCAGGUCCAGUACAAUUUCUACAUGAGUGGCGGCGCCACUGGGUUCUACACCACAGAGUGCUCCAUCAGCCUGCCCCUGCAGAGUGUUCUGGUUGGCUCCUACUACAAGUUUGUGGUCCAAGUGGCCCCUAAUGUCGCGGACAGGAAAAAUUUUACAGUCUCAUCUCGCUGGUUCAUUGGGACACCUGGGGAAGUGAAGGAACCAACUGUAGAUUUUUUCACUGCUAACUCAGAGAGUGGCUACAUAACAGCGGAGCCAGGAAGUGAUGUGACAUUUGUGUGUGGUGCCACAGGAGCCCUACCAGGGUCCCUGCAGCUGUACAGGAGCCCCAGCAACAUCCUGCACACCAGCGCAGACAGCAACACACUCAACUUUGUUCUGGCUGAUGUUGGCUGCUCCCAGGAGGGCGAGUAUGGCUGCAGGGUGGACUACAGCACCAGCGCAGCCAGGAAAAUAUUGCUGCAUGUCAAGUCUUGUGGAUCAGGCUCUGAUGCCACGCCCCUGUCCGUCAUAGUGGCAGUGUGUGUGGGCGUGCCCAUCCUGGGCAUCGCCUUCAUUGCUGCUGUCGUCAUACUGAUAGUCUGCUGUGUCAGGAGAGCCAAGCACCGGAGGAGCCUCUCAUCCACCCCAGUCACCAGGUCCCCUGGGGGUGGGGAUGACCUGGACUACUACAACACAGUCUGCUUCAGCCAUGACUCUGUCUACUUCUCCGACCCCCCACCCUACAGCGUGGUGUGUGGCACCAAGGAUGAGGACAAGCCACCCCCCUACUCACCAGAUAUAAGCGCCACCACACAACACUUAGCACCAAACUACACACCACCCACCACACAACCCUCAGCACCAACCUACACACCACCCACCACACAACCCUCAGCACCAACCUACACACCACCCACCACACAACCCUCAGCACCAACCUACACACCACCUACCACACAACCCUCAGCACCAACCUACACACCACCCACCACACAACCAUCAAGGCAUGUGGAACAAGAGCUGUCCCAUCCCGCUGUGAUUUUAGACUCGCGUCCCAUGUGUUUUGAUGUGUGAACACAGCCAGCCUUGAAGACACUUAAAGAAUGUGAGAAUCUCUGGGACCUUGGACCCCAUCAAAUGACCUUCACCUGAUGAAAAUGAACAAAUCCCACUCAUGACAUAGAUCGAAUUAAUUUUUUCAGCAAUUUGAAACGAGUAGAUUUCUCUUGAGAUUUGAAACCUACAUUUUAUUUAGGUUAUCGAUUUUACAGUUUGACGAAUUGUGUGUGUGGCUGUGUGUACGACUGUGUGUGUGUGGUUGUGUGUAAGACUGUGUGUGUGGGUGUGUGUUUGACUCUGUGUGUGGUUGUGUGUAAGACUGUGUACGACUGAGCUCUUUUGACAUUCAUGUAAAUUUUUUUACUUUUUCCCCAUUGAUUUAAGUUUCAACUUUUGAUUAUAAAUUUAAAUUUGUUAAAAUGUCAUAUAGAUUAUAUUUCACAAUUUAGACUUCAUUAAUCAUUUUUGUUUCGUGAUGUGAUAGUGUUUGAUCGACCAAGUUAAUGUCAAGUUCACUCUAUUUUAGCACCCAUAGUAGCCUGCUUGUGUAGACUUGACUCACAUGAUAGUUUGUUGACAGACUUUGUCACGGCUUGUCAUAAUUAUGUCAUUGUAAAUAGUUGUAUUGUCAUUAAUGAAACUCACAUUCCAAAUCUAAAGCUAAACUGGCUAGCUUUGUUGCAAAACUGGCUAGCUGUGAAGCUAAACCAACUAACUUUGAUGGUGCUCAAACUGUACAUAUAAUGAGAAUGUAAAUAGCACAGGAACAAUGUACCUGCCUUGAUCUUGUCACUUGAUCUUGUUUGAAAUGUAUGGGACACAAAUACAUUUAAUCUGGAA